AGAUAUGGCUGCUGCAAACUCUCUGCUAUCUGAGGAUCAGUUUCUCUGCUCCAUCUGUCUGGAUGUGUUCAAUGAUCCUGUCACCAUACCAUGUGGACACAACUUCUGAAAAAAUUGCAUCACUGAACACUGGAACACCAGCGACCAGUACAGGUGUCCAAUGUGUAAGGAAGCUUUUACCAAUAGACCUAAACUGAGGGUCAACACUUUCAUCUCUGAGAUGGUUGGUCAGUUCAGAGACAAAGCUCAGCAGGAAGCCAGCAGCAGCAGCAGCUCAGAGCUUCAAGAGUCCAAACCAGUAGAAGUUCUAUGUGAAGCCUGCACUGGAACCAAACUGAAGGCCCUGAAGUCCUGCUUAGACUGUCUGGUCUCCUACUGUGAGACUCACCUGGAGCCUCAUCUGACAGCUUCACGUCUGAAAAGACACCAGCUGAUCGACCCUGUGGAGAACCUGGAGGACAGGAUGUGUAUGAAGCACGAUAAACCUCUGGAGCUGUUCUGUAAGACCGAUCAGACCUGUGUCUGCAUGCUCUGCUCUGUUUUAGACCACAAGACACACGAGUUUGUUCCUCUGAAAGAAGAAUAUGAAGAAAAGAAGGCAGAGCUGGAGGAGACAGAGGCUGAAAUUCAGCAGAUGAUCCAGAAAACUCGACUGAAGAUUCAAGAGAUCAAACACUCAGUGGACCUCAGUAAGGACGAUGCAGACAGAGAGAUGGCAGAAGGUGUUCGAGUCUUCACCGCUCUGAAGGAGUCUGUUGAGAGAGGCCGGGCCGAGUUCAUCAACACGAUCGACAAGAAGCUGAAAACAACAAAGAAACAGGCCGAAGCUUUCAUCAAAGAGCUGGAGCAGGAAAUCUGUGAGCUGAUGAAGAGGAGCACUGAGGUGCAGCAGCUCUCACGCUCUGAAGACCACCUCCAUCUAAUCCAGAGAGUCCAGUCUGUUAACUCUGCUCCACCCACCAAAGACUGGACAGAGGUUAAUGUCUGUCAACCACUUUAUGAGGAGACUGUGAGGAACGCUGUGGCUCAGCUGGAGGAGACUCUCAGUGAAGAGAUGAAGAAGUUGUUGGAUCAAGCUGAGCUGAAGAGAGUCCAGCAGUAUGCUGUGGAUGUAACUCUUGAUCCUGAUACAGCACAUCCUGAUCUCAUACUGUCUGAAGAUGGGAAACAAGUUCAUCUUGGUGACGUGACGAAGAAUCUUCCAGACAACCCAGAGAGAUUCUCUCUUUGUGUUAGUGUUUUAGGAAAGCAGAGUUUCUCUUCAGGCAGAUUUUACUUCGAGGUUCAGGUUAAAGGAAAGACUGGUUGGGAUUUAGGAGUGGUCAGAGAGUCCAUCAACAGGAAGGGAUUAAUCACACUGAGUCCUGAGGAGAGUUUGUGGUCUAUAUGUUUGAGAAAUGGAAAUAAGUACACAGCCCUUGAUGACCCUCCAGUCCGUCUCUCUCUGAAGUGUCGUCCUGAGAAGGUGGGGGUGUUUGUGGAUUAUGAGGAGGAUCUGGUCUCCUUUUAUGACGUGGACUCUGCAGCUCUGAUCUACUCCUUUACAGACUGCUCCUUCACUGAGAAACUCUUACCUUACUUUAGUCCCUAUCUUAAUGAUGGAGGUAAAAACUCUGCACCUCUGAUCCUCUCUCCUAUUGGGUCCAGCUAACACUGUCAGCUCACACUUUACAGUCCGAUCGUCUGGCACGACCUGAGAGCUCACACUUCAUUAAAUUGGGAUGGAAAAUUUGCAGUUGUCUAAAGAUCAAAGUUAAAGUCAAAGUCAACUUUAUGGUCAAUUUCAAAAUAUGCCAGACAUACAGUGGAAUCGAAAUUUCAUU